AUGAUCUCAUCCCUGCCAGGUUUGACAAAUGAUCAAAUUAAACAAUUUGUACUAAAAUUUCUAUCAGCUUUUGGUGGUUCAAAAAAUGAAAUGGAACUUACUUGUCAGUUAUUUCCACAGAAAUUUGAAGGAAAUGAUAAAUUAAGUACUUUAUAUGGAACCACCGUUGAAUAUUCAGAUGAAAGUCAAAUGUGGUCAAAAUUAGCUGAAUCAUUUUCUCAUUCUGACCAUCUUCAUGGAAUACAAACUCAAACAGCCAUUGGUUUGAAUCAAGAAUCUCAGGAUAGAAUUGAUAGAAAUUUAGCUAAUCAUUUGGUAAAACAGUUAAGUAACAAUCCAAGUGAUCAAAUUAUUAGGAGGAGAACGCAAUGUUUGAAAAGUCAUGAUCAGAUACAAUCAUUAGUUAACUCUGGUCAAACAAACGUCACUGAUAUAGGCCGUGCUAAUGUUUCUAAAGUCUAUCAAUUAGAAAAGGAUGGUGGGAAACAUGGUUUAGUUUCACAAAGUAUCAAUGAUCUUGAUUCAUUAUCUUAUAUCACAGCUUCAUUAUAUAUGGAGACACAUUAUUUUCGAAUGAAUGUAAGGUAG